AUGAUUUCUCAAGCAUUGCUAAGAUAGGAAACCAAAAAGCGAAGUCUCAUAUCUAGACCAUCCUCUAAAAGUAACAAUUUUCUCCCUGAAAUUAUUCAAACUCCCUCUUCAAAUUAAUUCCAAAAACAAUAAAACAUCAUCUUCAAUCCUCCAAAAGGUAUCGAUGUACUUAAUUUACAUAAAAUUACUAAUCAUGAACAUCCUGUUGAACUUUAUUCUUCAAGAAUUGAAAUGCAAAGAAAAGAACUUAUAAGAGAAAUAUUUGGAUCGGAAAAAAAGCCAUUUAUCAAAUAAUAACAAUUAACUCAUCGCAACAUAGAAAAAAAAGAAGAUAAUCAAUAUGAUUAAUAAAUGCAACUGAAAAGUAUUCUUAAAAGAAAAAGUUCAAACAGUCGGGAACAUACUGAUUUAUUUGAUUUCUUUGAACUUGAUCAUUAAGAUUUAAAAUAAUAAUAAAAAAAUUAGAAAUUUAUAGAAUAAAUAUAACAAACACCAAAUUCUUAUCAACAAUAAUCCAAUUUCAAUAGAUUAAAACAUAAUAAACAAGUUUCUUUAUAACCAAUUCAAAAAGAAGAAUUCUCACCAACAAUAAGUCCUGGAAAGAAAAUAGUUUCAUUCAAUAAAUAAAUUUAAAUAAAAAUGAUUGAUCCAAAUGAAGAUAAACCAAAAUCAAAUUAAAAGUCUUUUAGAAGAUUAUAUACAAUGGCAGAUCUUUUAGAUAAAUCAUGA